AUGACACUCCCAGACAAGCAAUGGGCCCAGGUCGUCGAAAAGAAGGGCAGUCCACCGGUCUACAAGGAGAUACCCGUGUCCAAACCCGGCCCCGAUGAGAUUCUUGUCAAGAUCCAUUACUCGGGCGUCUGUCACACAGAUCUGCAUGCCAUGAAGGGCGACUGGCCCCUUCCGCUGAAAUUGCCUCUUGUCGGAGGCCACCAAGGUGCCGGGGUGGUUGUGGCUAAAGGCCACCUGGUGACUGGCUUCGAGAUUGGCGAUCACGCAGAGCCUCUCUGUCCCCACGCGACCAUGUCCGGCUACACCGUCAACGGCACAUUCCAGCAGUACUGUGUCGCCAAAGCCACUCAUGCCUCCAACAUCCCCAAGGAUGUCCCCCUCGAUGCGGCCGCUCCCAUUCUCUGCGCCGGUCUCACGGUCUACCAGGGCCUGAAGGAAUCCGGCGCUCGCCCCGGACAGACAGUCGCGAUCGUGGGCGCCGGAGGGGGCCUAGGCUCUCUCGCGCAGCAAUAUGCCAGAGCGAUGGGAUUGCGAGUCGUAGCGAUCGACGGCGGCGAUGAGAAGCGAGAAAUGUGCGAGAGACUGGGUGCAGAGGCCUACAUCGACUUUACCGUAUCCAAGAACGUCGUCGAGGACGUCAAAGCUGCCACCCCGGGGGGACUCGGCGCCCACGCCGUCCUCCUACUCGCCGUCUCGGAGAAGCCCUUCCAGCAAGCUACGGAUUACGUCCGCUCGCGCGGCACCAUCGUCGCGAUCGGCAUGCCCGCAGACGCAUACCUGAAAGCCCCCGUGUUCAACACCGUGGUCAAGAUGAUCAACAUCAAAGGCAGCUACGUGGGGAACCGCCAGGAUGGUGUCGAGGCAAUCGACUUCUUCGCCAGGGGGCUCAUCAAUGCGCCGUUCAAGAAAGCGCCGUUGAAGGAUCUUCCGCGUAUAUUUGAGCUGAUGGAACAAGGCAAGAUUGCCGGUUGAUACGUUCUUGAAAUACCUGAGUAAAGCCGAAGAUCUGCAGCGCAGCAGAGAUAGACGGAUUGACGUGCCGAAUGUCUGGACAAUGCGUAUAGAAACACUAUGCUCAUCCUAUCUACUGUGGAGGGAAGUGAUGGCCAUUGAUCGACUUAACGAAGUGACGUGUAUCUAACUCUUAGUAAAUUGACACUCACCUCUGCCUUCCCAGCCUGCAAAUCUGCAGUACAUGUAAU